AUGCCACGGGAACAAAAUAUGGAUUACCAAAAAUAUGCAUUUGAAUACGAUCCCGUAAAAGUAGGAUCUAUAGAUGGUACAGAUACUGAGCCCCAUGAUCGAGCAAUAGUACGGGCUUUGCACUCUGAAUAUUCUCCUAAUAAGCUAGUGAAGGGGAAUCCUAGCAAUACACUAUUCAUUGGCAGACUUAACCCUAGAACUACUGAAGAUAUACUCAAAUCUGAGUUUAAUAAAUUUGGCAGAAUACUAAAGUGUCAUGUUGUGAGAGACAUAGUUACUGGCAAGUCGAAGCAAUAUGCUUUCAUUGAAUUUGAAAGUGUAGGAAGUGUGGAGAGGGCUCUCAAGGAGUUGCAGAAGGAGUACCUGGAUGGUUCAGAAAUGAUCUUGGAACGUGAAGCAGAACGCCGGUUGCCUGGAUGGCGGCCACGGCGUUUAGGGGGUGGCUUCGGUGGACGAAAAGAAUCGGGUCAACUUAGGUUUGGAUGUCAAGACAGACCCUUCAGAAAACCUAUCACAAUCAUACAAAAGAUCAAUAACAUACCAGACAGGAGGUAG